AUGGAGUUGUGGGGGGUCCCAGCGCCCCCCCUCCUCCUCCUCCUCCUCCUCCUCUUCCUCCUGCUCCCCCCGCAGCUGCUGCCCCUGCCUCUCCCCUCUCCUGUUCAGGAUCCCUCGGCUCAGGACAUCAGCUUGAGCGUGGACUGGCUCACCCGCUAUGGCUACCUUCCGGCCCCAGACCCGACCCAAGCCCAGCUGCAGAGCCAAGUUCUCCUCCGGGAUGCAAUCCAGACCAUGCAGAGGUUUGCAGGGCUGAAGGAGACGGGCUUCAUGGACCAGCAGACCAUGGCCAUGAUGCGGAAGCCGCGCUGCUCCCUGCCUGACCUGGUCGGGGCCGCGGGGCUGGUGCGGCGGCGGAGGAGGAGAUAUGCACUCAGCGGCAGCAUGUGGAACAGGCGGUCCCUGACCUGGAGGGUCCGAUCUUUCCCUCGGGCCUCGGGCCUGAACACGGACACGGUUCGCACCCUGAUGCAGUAUGCGCUGGCAGCGUGGGGGACCGUGGGCGGACUGGAGUUCCGUGAGGUCGAGGCAGGGGCUGCCGCGGAGGCCGACAUCCUCAUUGACUUCUCCCGCGCCUACCAUGAGGACGGCUACCCCUUCGACGGCCCAGGGGGCACGCUGGCCCAUGCCUUCUUCCCCGGGGAACACCCCAUCUCGGGAGAUACGCAUUUUGACGAAGAGGAAGCCUGGACUUUCGGGGAGGAUGAUGGCGGCGGGACGGACCUGUUUGCAGUGGCAGUCCAUGAGUUUGGUCACGCGCUGGGCCUGGCACACUCCUCCGCCCCCAACUCCAUCAUGCGGCCUUUCUACCAGGGCCCCGCCGGGGAGCCCAGCCGGUACCGCCUCCCUCCCGACGACCAGGAGGGCCUGCAGCAGCUCUAUGGGAAGGGGCCGAAGACCCCGAAACCACGGCCUUCAAGGAAACCUCUCAUCCCCCCUCCCCAGCCCCCGCGGCAGCCCCCAGGCAGCCCUUCAGAGCCAGGCCCCGAUCGCUGUGUUGGUGGAUUUGAUGCUAUCGCCAACAUCCGGGGGGAGAUCUUCUUCUUCAAAGGCCCGUGGUUCUGGCGUCUGCAGCCCUCGGGCCAGUUGGUGUCCCCUCGGCCGGCCCAGCUGCAUCGUUUCUGGGAGGGGCUCCCUUCGACCGUGCAGGCCAUCGACGCGGCUUACGCGCGGCCCCGGGAUGGACGCAUUAUGCUCUUCGAUGGCCCCCGGGUCUGGGUGUUUCAGGAUCGGCAGCUGGAGUCAGACUCGCCCUGGCCGCUGACCAAGCUGGGACUCCCAGCCGGGGAGAGGGUGGAUGCCGUCUUCACGUGGCCCCAGAAUGGCAAGACCUACCUGUUCAGGGGCAGCCAGUACUGGCGUUACGACGAGAGUGCCCGCAGCCUUGACCCCGGUUACCCUAAACCUUUGAGCCUCUGGGAAGGGGCCCCUCCCGCUCCCGAUGAUGUCAUUAGCGGCAACAAAGGUGACACCUACUUCUUCAAAGGCUCCUACUACUGGCGCUUUGAUCCUGGCAGUGUGGUGGCAGCCACGGACUCCCCCCGCCCCAUGGGUCCCGAGUGGCUCGACUGCCCCUCCUCCAGUCAGGACCCCCCCUCAAACCCCAAGCCGAGGGCUCCCCAAUCUCCAGGAGACUGCGACUGCCACUGCAAUAUCAUUGCUCGGGCGAGCACUGCAUCCCCCCAACUGCUGUUGUUACUGCUGGCUGGGGGAAUACCUUGGCUUUGA